AUGAAGGUGGCCAUUAUAGGGGCUGGUUUGGUUGGUUCCUUGGCUGCCUUGAACUUUGCUCGUAUGGGCAACGAGGUCCAUUUGUAUGAGUAUCGCGAGGAUAUACGAACUGCGGAGUUGGUGCAGGGACGAAGCAUAAAUUUGGCUCUUUCGCAAAGGGGUCGGAAGGCGCUGGCCGCUGUGGGUCUGGAGCAGCAGGUCUUGGCCACGGCCAUUCCGAUGCAAGGUCGCAUGCUUCACGAUGUCCGCGGUCGCACUAGCGUUGUCCUCUACGAUCCUUGCACGAAGCAAUGUCUUUACUCUGUUGGUCGUAAGCAGCUUAAUGAGGUGCUGCUAAAUGCAUGCGAGAAACUCCCCAACAUAUCCUGCCACUUUAACCAUAAGCUUACAUCAGCCGAUAUCAGAGAAGGCGUUAUGCAGUUCAAGCGUGCUGAGGAACACAUCACGGCUAGCGCCGAUCUUAUAGUUGGCUGCGAUGGCGCCUUCAGUAAGGUGCGGCAGCACAUGGUUAAGGCAGCCGGCUUCAAUUAUUCUCAGCAGUAUAUAGAGCAUGGAUACGUAGAGCUCUGCAUUCCAGCUAAGUCUGGAGAGUUCCAGAUGCCGCCGAACUAUUUGCAUAUCUGGCCACGCGACACCUUUAUGAUGAUUGCACUGCCUAAUCAGGAUAAGUCGUUUACGGUGACUUUGUUCAUGCCUUUUAAGAAUUUCGCUGCCAUCAAAACACCAGAGCAGCUAUUGGAAUUCUUUAAUAAGUUCUAUGCCGAUGCAGUUCCAUUGAUUGGAGAAGAACGACUCGUUCAGGACUUUUUCAAGUUGAAGCCCCAGUACUUGCUCUCAGUUAAGUGCCAGCCGUACCAUUUCAGCGACAAGGCGCUGAUACUGGGCGAUGCGGCGCACGCGAUGGUGCCCUACUAUGGCCAGGGAAUGAAUGCUGGCAUGGAGGAUGUCACGCUGCUAACGUCCUUACUGAAUAAGCCGCUUAAGCUACAAGAGGUACUGGAACAGUUCUCAGAGAUGCGCUGGCAGGAUGCUCAUACCAUAUGUGAUUUGGCCUUGUAUAAUUAUGUGGAGAUGCGAGAUCUGACAAAGCGUUGGUCGUUCCGCUGCCGUAAAUGGCUGGAUACGCUGCUGUUUCGUCUCUUUCCAAUAUUCUGGGUACCGCUCUAUAAUAGCGUCUCAUUUACAAGUAUGCCAUAUAGCAAGUGCAUAGCCAAUCGUAAUUGGCAGGAUCGGUUUCUGAAACGAUCCUUUGCUGGAGCUCUUUUGGCUGGUCUCGCCGCAUAUUUAGGAGCACUCUAUUUCCGAGGAUUGCAUGCAUCAUAACUUUAACAAAAAUAGUUAUAUUUGUGUUGUUUUUGUUGUUUUAUGUGAAAUAAAAAAAUGUAAGAAAUUGCUAUUUGAA